CCACAACUGUACCUUUCGCGUCAUAACCACGACCUCUCCCAAUGCUUAAUCACGACAACAUCCUCCCUGGGUACUCUCGUCAACAUCGUCGCACGCAGCCCACAGCAGCGCAAUCAAUAUUCGAUCAUGGCUUUCCGUAUUCUCAUAAAUUGUCGGCUCAUGUAUCAUGUGUAAAUGCGUUGACGUUUUCUCGGAAGGAUGGAAGGUUUCUAGCCAGUGGUGGAGAUGAUCUCAAUAUUCAUCUAUGGGAUUUUCAUCAAGAGAAUGUUACUGCACCUUGCCAUAGCUUUGUUGGUCCUCUACGAAAUAUAUUCUGCCUCAAGUUUUCUUGCUCAAAUCGCUUUUUAUUUGCCGGAGGAGUAGACUUCCAAGUCUAUCAGUAUGACAUCUCUCGACUGGGAUCUACGUUGACGAAGGAGGAAAAUAGAGCAGUUGGCUUCUUCCGAGAACAUGAUAGCAUACGUGAAAUUGCAUGUCACCCAUAUCAAGAUGAGCUGUUCCUUGUUGCGAGUGAUAGCGGGCGAAUCGCUUUGCAUGAUUUGCGUGUACAGCCGCGCUCGCUAAUCGGUCGAGCUCAAGACGCAAUUCAGCUGGAGACUGAAGUAACGGGUGUACAAUAUCACCCGCAAACGGAACAUUUGUUUGUUACGAGCGAUGGGCAGGGGAAUGUUUGUUUAAGAGACACGAGGAUGGCGUUCGGGGCUCGGACUGAGAGGAGUGGAAAUGGGGUCGUCUUGCAUUAUAAUACGAAGCUUUCGAAAAGAAGGCUAAAACAUUUGAGUAACCCAGAGAGCAGCAGCGUUACUUUCGGUGCUGACGGGAACCAGAUAGCCGUUACGAUGCUGCAUUAUUUUCCAACCAUAUAUGGCACAUCAGAUCCAAAUCCCAUUGCGAUAUGCACUGGGCGGAAUUAUCCCGAUGGAACGCCAGUACCUGAAGGAGAAAGAACCUACUCGAAUUCAUGCACAAUGAAGCACGGGUGUUUUGGAAGGCCACCAGAUAAUCCUGGGAUAUCCUAUUACUGUGCCGGCUCGGACGACUUCUGUGGAUAUCUAUGGCAGAUACCUCCGGUAGAGGAACUAACCGUUAGGAGGGAAGAGAUCGCAAGUCGUGAUUGGUACCGGGAGGAUUCGCAGGUUGUUGGUUUCACGAAGGAUCUUGGGUCAGCUAGGUACCUUCCUGUGGAAUUGUCGACACCCACAACGGUCUUGAAAGGCCACAACUCCAUCGUGAACACAACGGUCAUACAUCCAUAUCUACCUCUGAUUGUUACCGCUGGUAUUGAACGCGAUGUUCGAUUGCAUAGCCCCACCAAAUCUACACCGUUUCUGCAUGAAAUGGAGGCGUCGCCAACAGAGGCACGAAAGCUGCUGAAGGAAACUGAUCGUGAACAGACCAGGAGGGUUGUGAUGGAACAUUUGUUUCGAGAUGCGGAAGGAUAUGAUUUUGAGAGAGAUAGAGAGGAGGUAGAAACUAUUGCCUUAUUUGAUGGCAUUCUGAGAAUUGAAGGGCAGGGUGAUCCGUUCGGGAGGCGUUGGGUGGCUGAUACAGAUGAGGACGAGGACGAAGGAGACGGGGAGGAUGAGGAUUGUAAUGACUGAUCUACAACAGUGAAUCUGUACACCGAGCCGCCGAAAACCUGCACACUCUCGAGUCUUGAGUAUCGAUGACGUCGCAAUGUUAUGAUAUUCUUAUCCGUCAUUCAAUACCGAUGUAUCUUAUCACGUCCCUGAAUGCUUUUUGCAUCUUCAAAUGGCCCUGUGGAGAAUCGCUGGGAUCAUCUUUACUACAAGUGCGAGGUGCCAGUCCAGGGCAGGAUCAGCAAUUGGGUUGAUGAUCUGGAAACGGGAUUUACUCCGAAGGAUUUCCCAGCCUGACACGAUUCGCUGCAGGUUCCGGAAUCUGAUUGACAUGGACCAGGGCUACAGGUUACCGUUUCGCCACAUUGGUAUCGAGUUCACCCUGGGCGACGGUUAAACCAGAGGCAAUUUAGCGAAGCCAUGGGUGCCAAAAUCUGCGUUCAGAAUACCGUGCUACGGCCAAACAAGACGAUCUUUCUUGUCCCGUCAGUUUCUUGAUCAGCCCUCCGGAUAGUACUCUUUCUCUACCUCGUCGGUCAAGAACGAGGUAUGCUUCGCAGCCUCCCUAUAAUCGGAGCCCGUUUUAUCUAGCGUAUAAUCUUUCUCCGUACCCUUUCUACAAACAUCGUCUAUGUCCACGUUGUGUUUUUGAGGGAUCCAGUUCUGACCAGCGUCGCAUGUCUGUCGAGCUAUCUGGAGGAGGGGAAAAUUCGAUGACUCUACCCAAACUACUGUGAUUUUGCCGAUACAAAUAAUACAGCAAAGGCAGAGGGAGGGGAUAAGGUUCGAGAUUGUGAUGUACUGGUUACGCUACCGAUUGUACUACAGUAAUUUCUGGGAUAAAUGCAGCGAGACCGACUUCCCAA